AUGGCGGACCCCACCGUGGAGCACGCCAUCAAGCCCGCCGACUUUGUCAAGCCUGGCGGCGGGUUCACCGGCUUCCUCCAGCUCAUCUCGUCGCUCCUCUUCAAGCUCACCGUCUACAUCUUCCUCCGCUGGAUCCCCAGCCGCGCCGCCCACCCCGUCAUCCCGGCGCUCUACACUGUCUACCUCUUGACGUCGCUGCUCCGCGACUACCGCCUCCGCUCCGCCAUCCGCAGGUACCUCGAGCAACACGACCUCGCCGACCCCGACGCCUCGACCCACCUCAAGCAGCUCGCCGAGCGCAUCGAGACCUCUGAACCCAAGCUGCAGGACAAAAAGGUAGGCGAGCCCGUGUCCAACUCGCCUUCGCCCGCGGCAAAGGGCCAGCAGUCUCAGCCCGCCUCAAUCAGCAAGGGCAAGGGCGCUCCCAGCUACGCAAAGGUGGCCGCCGAGGGCAGCGAGGCUCUCAAGGGCGCCAGCGACAGCGACAGCGAUGCCACAGCCGUCGCCGGCGGCAAGCCCAGGGCAGCAGGUCCGCGCCGCAAGGUGGGCCGUCUCACGAUCCCCGAGAUCCUCAAGGCCCUCGUCUUUGGCGUCUCGACCCGCUCGCCCCGCCUCAACUUCUACAUCCUGCUCGCCCACACCAUCGCGCUCGCCAUGUUCCUCGACAGCUUCUUCUCGCCCUACCUCUUCCCCUCGCACUGGGACUACAACCUCUCGUUUGCCCGCGUCGGCGCAAUCAGCCCCACCAGCGCAAAGGUCCACGUCCGCUACCCGCACCCGCUGCCGCCCUUUGACGGCCUCCAGGAAGACAUGUCGGACGAGCUCGGCUUCUCUGGCAUCCUGCGCGACGGCCUCCAGGCCAGCCCUGAGCCCGUCAGGGUCAUCUGGCGCAGACUGCCGGAGCUGGGCGAGAGGCAGUUCCUUCAGGACGGCGCCGCGGCGGGACUGGAAAAGGAGACCGGCCUGUCGCGACGCUGGGAGCGUGGGCCCCUGCUCCGCCUGACCGAGGAGACCGACUGGACCACGACGGCCGUCCUCGACAACCUCUGGCCCUCGACCAGGUACGAGUGGAGGCUCGCCUUUGUCCACAACAACACCUUCACGCCCGUCCCCGAGCGCGCGCAGCAGUUCACCACCUGGCCCGACCCGAGGCUCUCGCAGUACCUGCAGACCCGCAACGCUGCCGUUGCCCGCGACUCUGACGAAAUGGGCAUCGAAAUGCCCAAUGAGGACUCCAGCCCCGUCGACGACCCCAACCACUUCAGCUUUGCCUCGACCUCGUGCGUCAAGCCCGACUUCCCCUACCACCCCGCUCAGUUCUGGGCGUGGAACUGGCUGCUUAAGCUGGCCGGCAUCGGCUCCGAGCCUGGCGGAAUCGCCCAGCGCAACCGCAUCCCGGGCUUCGACCUGCUCUACAAGCGCGCGAUCGAGGGCAAGGCCAAGCCGUCGCUGCGCUUCCUGCUGCAGCUGGGCGACCUGAUCUACGCCGACGUGCCCCACUACGGCGGGCCGACCAAGGAUGCGUACCGCAAGCUGUACCGCAACCUGUUCGCGUCGGACUCGUUCCGCCGGGUGUACGAGAACCUGCCGACGAUUGGCAUCUACGACGACCACGAGGUGGUCAACAACUGGAGCGGCAAGACGGCCGACGGCACGACGCUCGAGUCGUUCCCGCCCGCCAACACGGCGUGGAAGGAGUACGUCGGGCUGGCCAACCCGGACCCGCUCGACGAGGGCGAAAACUACUACACGUUCCGCUACGGCGGCAGCGCGGCCUUCUUCGUCAUGGACACGCGCAAGCACCGCAGCCAUUACCAGCAGGACGACGACGAGGACAAGACGAUGCUGGGCGAGAGGCAGAAGGACGCCCUGCUGCGCUGGCUGGGCGCCGUCAACUCGACGUCGGUGUUCAAGUUUGUUGUGAGCUCGGUGCCGUUUAACACGCUGUGGGGCGGCCCGCUCGACUGGGACGGCCAGAAGGACAGCUGGGCGGCGUACAUGAGCGAGCGCGGCCAGCUGGCGAGCGUGAUGCAGUACGUGCCCAACCUCAUCGUGCUGAGCGGCGACCGGCACGAGUUUGCGGCAACCAGCAUCCGCGACACGAUCACCGAGUUCAGCACCAGCCCACUGAGCAUGUUCUACCUGCCCAUUCGCACGCUGGCCGAGGACCACGGCGCGGGAGCGUGGGGCGAGGACAAGCUGUACAAGUACAUUCCGGACGGCAACCACAAGUGGUCCGAGUUUGAGGUCGACACUCGCGACCCGUACAAGCCCGUGGUGCGGGUGUCUGUGCAGGUCGAUGGCAAGGAGGCGUGGCAGGUGUCGUUGCUGGGCAAACCGGUGCGGCGUGCCGAGAACGUGGUGGGCUCGAUUGCCAAGAGCCUGCUGGAGCUGCUGGGCUUCAAGCCGAGGAGGUGGUUCUAG